CUCAGACAUCCAAGGAACUUAGACAGUCUUUGCCCAGCCCCGUACCGGUGCCAGUCCCCAAGCUUGAAGUAACAGACGUGCACUUGCUUCCUUUCCUCGGCUGCCCCACAGGUUAUGCAGCUUGGUCCCCCCCGCUCUCUGUGGUACCUCCUGCAUCUCACAAGCCCAGCAAGUGCUCUGCAGACUGUGUUCAUCGGCGACGGGUUGAACUUGUCAGAGCGGCCGUGCGGGUGCAAUAUGACAGUACUCCAUUUGGGACGUCUGGAUAUCCAGCGAGAAGGACUAGGUUGUACACGUUCCUCCAUGCGAGUCAAGUCAUCUGCACAAUUCACGACCGGCCGGACUGCUACGGGGACAUUACGUUCGUUCUUCUAAAGCUCCCUUGCGAGUCAACGCCAGAUAUCCUUCCUGCGCUCCAAGUUCGAACGCUACCAGCGCAGACUGAUCAUACGUCGCUGCUAUCCAUCCAGGGCCACACCUCCAAUAUCCGAUCUUGAAAUGGAGUAUAAAGCAGGCCAGUCGCCUUCAACUACUGCCGUCAGUCCUUUCCUCUGCAAGAAAUGGAAGCGCAUUGGCAGCAGUUCCUAGAAUACUCACAACCUUUGGAUGAUGGAGGGCUUUCUGACAGGCCACUCCCCACACGCACGUCGCCGCAUACGUUCGCAAUGAACGUCGCUGCGCCUGAGGCUCACCACCUGGAAGAUACCCACUACGACAAUCCAGAAUCCGGAGUUUGGACGACUACUAUGAAACUCUGGGGUUCGCGGGAGUUCGACCCCAUGGACGAUCAUGUCUACACACCCCGCCUACCUACCACAGAAGGAUACGCGGCCUUCAGCUUCAGCAGUGACCCUUAUGUGCAAUCUCCUUACAUGCCGUCGAUUGAGGACCGCCAAUACACCAUUGCUUCCACGGGCUCGAUGGACUCUUAUUCUGAUGUGUCGAUGCCGCAUGCCGCAUCUUCCGUUCCUGCGUACAAUUCCCCGGUGGUCUCUCCAACAUAUGUGUCUUCUCCGGCCUCGAUGUACCAAGACUUGGCCCCAAUCCCCGGUGGAGACGCGCCCGAGAUGCAGAUGCCGGUUCACAGGGACUCGAUCUCGGACAGAACCGACUCCGACCCCGAGUCUGUCGUAACUCCCUCCGAUGCAAUUCCUUCUGGCGCAGGCGCAUUCGACGUCGUUCUGGAGGCAGAAUCGCUGGUAUACCGUGUAGGAGCAUCCAACGAUCUGGUUUGCGUAUAUGGUGGUCAGAGGCUGCUCAGGCAACGGUCGUAUACGAAUAGAUCAUGCAAGCGGUACAGCACUGAAGACCUGGAUCGCAUCAAGUAUGAGUUUGGCUGCAGGCUGGACAGGGCACAGCUCGGCAAGAACGGUAGUGGCAUCGCGGAGUACGACUCCCAAGGAUUUCCAAACAAGACCUUCGGUCAGAAGGCAUCUUUCCGGCUUGAAUUCGAAGGCUAUCCGCCGUACACCUUCCAGAUCAAUGUAACCGGUCUUAAAACGGGUCAGCCUACAAAAGGUCGCUUCGCGCAGCUUACGGCUCGUGUGAUGGAGCGCUUCAUUAACGAAUGCCCCCAGAUGUGCGGACGAAGGUUCCCAUACGAGCUGAAGGACCUGGUAUUGCGCGAGAUCGUACUGAUCCCGGAAGCCAGCGUCCAGCCCUUCUUCGCUCUCUCGGAGGACGCGCAAGCAUAGACGUUCCUACAUCUUGCGCUAUCCUUCUCCUUCAGAUGUGCUUUGCGCACAUCGCACACGUCCUGCCUGAUGCAGACUGUAGAGCAAUACCGAUACGCUGCCUUCUAUCGUUAGACGUACUUGAAACGACAUACCGCCUACUAUCACGUACCUACCUAUAUAAUCGGCUUCACCCACGAUCUAGAAUAAUGUCCACGACUGGGGCGUGCCUCUGGGGUGUAUCUUUAGCAAUGGUGUCGUCACUUGAGUGGCUAUCGGUGCGGGGCCUCACAAAUGCUGC